CACAGUCGCAUUGCGUUUAUAGCGCAAAAACGCUGCCUUGUUGCUCGUUUACAUCAUUUCCGGGUGUCAACAGUCAACCAGCCGAGCCUCUUGGCUAUGUUGAUAUCAAGUGAAAGAGAAACAGUUCCGAAAGAACCCACGAUUUUAACCGUUUUAGAAGAGCUAGCUAACGUAGCAACCUAGCUACAAAGCUAGCGACAUUCUCUAACCCCAGUGUCGAUAAAUGGAUUGCCUAAAUCAUUCGUAAGAGAAGGGACUUGAAUUCAAUCCCUCGUACCACCAUGGCUGGCCACAGCACGCCGCCGGCCCUGAAGGAAUUCUGUCCGCUUUACUACCUGCUAAACUCCAUCCCCGCCAAGGUGCAGAAGGGCUUUCGCUCCGUGGUGGUGUAUCUGACAGCUCUGGACACCAGCAGCGAUUACAUCGCCGUGGGCAGCAGCAUCGGCAUGCUCUAUCUCUACUGUAGGAGACUCAGCCAGAUGAACAAGUACAACCUGGAGGGGAAGACGGAGCCCAUCACAGCUGUGAAGCUGCUCAGCUGUUUUGAUGACCUGGUGGCAGUGGGCACGGCAUCUGGGCGGGUCGCCCUGUUCCAGCUGGUGUCUCCUCUGCCAGGACGGAACAAGCAGCUCAGGCGCUUCGAUGUGGUGGGCCUGCAUAAGGCUACGGUCACAGCCCUUGCGUGGAGUGCCAACGGCAUGAAGCUCUUCUCCGGGGAUGACAAAGGGAAAGUUGUGUACUCGGCUGUGGACCUGGACCAGGGAGUGUGCAGCCCAGUGCUGCUGCUGGAGGAGCCGUCUCCCAUAGUGCAGCUGGAGUACAGUCAGAAGGUGCUGCUGGUCUCCUCCUACCAGCGCUCCCUGCUCUUCUACACGCAGGACAACUCUAUGCAGCAGCUGGGCUCCAAACCCCGCAAGAGCAACGGCAGGUUCGGGGCGUGCUUCCACCCGGGCCUGUGCAAGCAGAGCGACCUGCUGGUGUACGCGGCACGGCCGGGGCUGCGUCUGUGGCGUGCGGACGUGCGCGGAUCCGUGCAGGACACCUACCUGCUGAAGGAGCUGUUCACCCGCGACGUGCCGCUCUUCGAGCUGUUCCCGCGCCCGGGCUCCACCGGCGCCUACCGCCCCACUGAGAGGCAGCUGGGCCUGGUCAGCUGCUUCCUGAAGGAGGGCUGGGUGCUCACCUGGAAUGAGUACAGCGUCUACGUGCUCGACUGCCUGAACCAGGCCAUCAUUGGAGGACUGGAAGGCUGUGGUGACAUCGUGUCUGUGUCCUGCACCGAGAACGAGAUCUUUAUUCUGAAGGGAGAUCGCGACAUCAUACGCAUUUCCAACCGUCCGGAAGGCUUGGCCACUAACUUGUCGGAGCUGUCUCUGCGUCUGACAUCACCACUGAGCAAUCCCACCACCUUUCUCCCGCCCACCGGCGCCGUGGAGACUGCCCAGCCAAUCAGGACAAUGGCCAUCAUCACAGAGCAGGAGGACAAACAGGCAGUCGGGGAGGAGGGGGAGGAGAUCGGGGAGGAGGUGGGUGAGGGCGGGGUCAUCGUCCUGGAGAAGCUUGAGGUGGGCGAGGGGGCGGGGCAGAGGGGCAGCGCGGGCACCAGCGAGUCGCGGAGCCGCAGCAGCUCCGUCACGUCGUGGGACAGCGCCCUGGGCCUGGCGGCCGCCACCGAGCAGUCCGCCUCCGAGAUGUCCUCCAGCCGCUACAGCACCAUCACCCAGGAGGACUUCCAGCAGGAGCUGGUGGUCAAAGCCAUCAAGGUGAAGAAGAAGAGCAAGAGGAGGAGGCAGGAGAGCGGGAACCGGCUGUCGGAGCACAGCAGCUGGUCGGAGGGCGUGUUCAGCCAGGACGGGGCAGGUAGCGAUGGCACCAGCACCCCGGCGUGCGAGCUGCCGUCCGACCGCACCAGCCUCCUGGGCAGCAGCCUGGACCUGCACAGCAACGAGUCCCCCGACCAGGAUGGCUCCAUCAGCGGCGACUCCCACGGCAACGACCCCUUCACCCUGCUCACCUCGCCGGACCAUCCCCCGGCCCCUCCCCUGGAGAGGCGGAGCCCGGCGCCCGACCCCGCCCCCGGCACCCCGCCCGAGGAGAGCCCCGCCCCCUCCCACACGGCCCUGUCUCUCCCGGGGCUGGAGGGUCAGUGCUGCCCGGGGGCCGAGCAGAGUGGAGACGACGCGUUGCGCACGGCGGACAGCUUGGAGCCCGAGCUGCUCACUCCAGACGUGGACUCGCUGCUGCAGUGCACCUUUGCAUACAUGCAGGCCGCAGCUGAGCAGGAGAGCUGCGCGGACGAGCAGGGCGACUGCGCAGACCAGCCGGAAGCGGACGCAUACGAACAGGAGGAGGUCACACCAGGCUCAGAGCAGCCUGUGGAGCACCCAGAGCUCCCUCAUCCCUCUGCGGACCUCCUCCCUCACGGCUGCCCCCUGGAGGCUGAGCUCUCCGCCUCCAGUGAUGAGGAGGACAUCUACGCGCCCGGCGUGCCCCACUCGCUGUCGGUGGCCAGCCUCGACGCCACACACGCCCCUGCCGCUCACGGGGCCCGCAACCAGGACGGCGCCACCCGAGACCAGGCCGGCCUCCACAAAUCCGACCAGCUGGCAGAGAGCUGGAUGGGGUACUCAGGCCCUGGGUGCGGCAUUCUCAGCCUGGCCGUCACCGACCGCUUCAUCUGGUGCCUGGACUUCAAAGGAGGCCUGUUCUGCAGCGCCCUGCCUGACGGGGGCCUGCGCUGGCAGAGGUUCGAGGACAACGUCCAGCAAGUGGCAGUGUCGCCCUCAGGCACUCUACUGUGGAAGGUGGAGCAGAAGACGAACAAGGCCUUUGCGUGUGGAAAGGUCACCAUCAAAGGGAAGAGACACUGGUACGAAGCACUCACCCAGGCGGCCUUCGUGGCCCUCAGUGACGACACCGCCUGGAUCAUCCGCACCAAUGGAGACCUGUACCUGCAGACAGGUCUGAGUGUGGACCGGCCCUGCGCCCGCUCGGUGAAGGUGGACUGCCCGUGCCCCCUGGCGCAGAUCAGUGCCCGGGGCAGCGUGGUGUGGGCGCUGAGCGAGCAGAGAGGCGUCUUCUACAGGGAGGGGCUGAACAGCUUCUGCGCAGAGGGGGAGCAGUGGAAGUACGAUAAAGUCAGUGAGAGGCAGGGUCUGGAGCCAGUGUGCAUUGCCCUGGGAGAGCACCAGACAGCCUGGGCCCUGGACACCAGUGGGAACCUGUGGUUCAGGACGGGAGUGACCGCCACAAAGCCUCAGGGGGAGGACGAGCACUGGUGGCAGGUGAGCAUCACGGACUACGUGGUGUUCGACCAGUGCAGCCUGUUCCAGACGCUGAUCCAGGCCACGCAGACGGUCGCCACGGCCACCAAGGCGCCGGUGGAGAGGGUGGCGGACCGGCUGCGCGUGGCCUUCUGGUCCCAGCAGCCUCAGUGCCAGCCCAGCCUGGUCAGCAGCAACAGCAGCGGAGUCUGGAUCGCCUCUGGCAGGAACGACUUCCACGUGGCCAAAGGCAGCCUCGUUGGAACAUACUGGGAGCAGGUGGUGCCCAGGGGAACUGCAUCCGCCACUAAGUGGGCCUUCGUCUUCUCCUCCGCUGCACCUACAGGAGAGGGCAGCUUCCUGUGGCUGAGGCAGAGUCGGAGGGACCUGUUCUGCGUGUGGGAUCGGGACGCUCAGCUCCGCCCCUCCACGGUGCAGCUGCCCCCGGAGGUGGAGCUGACGCAGCUGUCCGCCUGCGGCGACGCCGUGUGGGGGCUGGACGCCCACGGGCGCAUCCACAUCCGCACGCUGACGGCCAGCUGCCCCACCGGCAUGCACUGGACGCCCCUGGACCUCAGCCAGCUAGGGCACGUGAAGCUGGUCAGCAUCUGCUGCGGCAGUCAGAAUGUGUGGGCGUGUGAUGCGAACGGGAUGGUGUACUUCCGGGUCGGGACGCAGCCCCUCAACCCCAGCAUGAUGCUCCCGGCCUGGAUCUGCAUAGAGCCUCCGGAACAGCCGGUCGGGGUGCACCUGGUAAGCGUGCACACCAGCCCUAACGACCGCAUGCUGUGGGCCGUGGACAGCAGAGGCAACGUUCAUGUGCGCUGCGGGAUCACCGAGGAGAUGCCCGUGGGCACAGAGUGGGAGCACAUUCCAGGCCUGCAGGCCAGCCAGUUGGUUCUGAGUCUGAGGACGGUGUGGGUGUGCUGUCCCAAUGGGGAAAUAGCUCGCCGCUAUGGCAUCACUGACAAGAAUCCCGCUGGAGACUACUGGAAGAAGAUCCCAGGCCUGGUCACCUGGGCAGCAGUGUCUCCACUGGAUGAGCUGUGGGCGGUAAGCCAAUCAGGGGCUCUCACCCGCAGACUAACCAAAACCUUCCUGCACACCGUCGCCAAGGCGAAAGUCAGCGGGGGGUCGGCGACCUGCGAUGACCUGGAGGACGAGUGGGAGGUCAUCUAGAGAGUGCGGGCGGCGGCCUCUGUGGCCCAGUGCUCCACACUCCCUUCCAUCUGAGUUUCAGUUAGUAGUGGGUGCUCAUUUUGCUCAUCUCUCUUUACUGUGAUGUUGUGAGUGGCAGUGGCAGUGUGGGGAGGGUGUGCAGGAAUGGACAGCUGAAGUUUGGCGUGUGCAUACUGUGUGCAAACUGACCGUGGGGCCCCCGGGCCCCCCCCCCCCCCGG